CAGUCAAUGACCUAAGUAGACCAAACACAACUGCUAUUGCAUUGGUGUCUAUGGGAGACCCACCCCGUUAAGUCGACCGGAACUGAUCAUUAUUUUCAAUAGUAAACGGCCUGAGUGAACUAUCUUCAUUUAUCCGUCGGCGCACCCAUUCACUUCUUCUUUCGGCUCGACGUAUUUAUCUUCUGUGAUCAUGGCUUUGAUAGAACACAAGCCAUGUUUGCUCAUUUGAAACCCGAAGGUUAGCGAAUACCUGUUAAUUUACGUCACCUGUACCUACUUCAACCAUAUUUGUUCACUCGGAUGAUAAAAGACACCAGUGCCUUUGAAAUCCAAGGAUUACAAGAUGGAGGCGAACAACCACUUCAACUAUGGCACCCACUCCUCUGUGUCUGUUAACUCAGGACUGAAACUCUCCUCAGGGGAUUCUGUCUAUACUAACGGGUCCUCCAUGAGUUUCCCUCAGCAGGAGAAGAAUAUGAACGGCGAAAUGAAUGUGAAUGACAGCACUACUGUAAUUGGGUCCAGUGUGCCUGGCUCCCACCCACCAACAGCCCCAUACCCUCAUAUGAGCAACCACCACCACCAGAGUAGCAUGGGCUACGACUACCUGUGGGGAGGACAGCCACAGUACAGCCCAGCCAUGAGCUUGUCUCCUGGGCAUGGCAUGCACCAGAAGCAGCCUCCCACUGGGGUGAUGCAGCAACAGAGCCAGCAGCAUUUCCAGGGUCACGGAGAGUACCUGCUGAAUGGGGGCAUGCCUGGGUCCCGUCAGCCGCCCCCACCAAACAUGACUCUUACAGGGGGCCAGUACUGGAACAGGGUUAACCCGGGACAACAGCAGAGCAGUGCAUCCAUGGCAGUAGGGUAUAACUCGCACAGCGUGUACGGGGCCUACCAGUGCCAGGUGCACCCUGGGAUUGCGCCCUCACAGCAUCACCAGCAGCAGCCUCCACAGCCACCCCCUCACCAACAGACACAGCACCACCACCAGCAGCAGCAACCUCAGCACUACAGCAUGGUAUCCAACGGCAUUCCCUACUACCAGCCCCAGCACCCACCUCUUCCCGCUCCACAACCUCAGGCUCAGAUGAUGCCCCCUACCUCCCAGAAUUUCACCCCUCCACGGGGAAGCCCCCAGCACCACCAGAUGGGCCGGGGGGGCACAGGCAGCCCUCUCCCCAUGGCGGUGUCCUCUGUCCCCAUGAUGUCACCCUCGACAAUGGCGGAUAGUGGAUCGCCCCAGAGCCAGACCAGGGAGAGGAGUCCCCAUGGUGGUUCUGUAGCGAUGCCGGCUGUCAUGCAAGGGCGGAUGAGUGAAGCGUUUAAGGAUGUGGAUAAAGGCUACAAUGGGAUGGAGAGGGCGUCUGUCGCCCAGCGGCUGCCUAAAAGCGACAGCUACCCUCCCAAGCUCCAUGGACCUCCCAUGGGGCCCACCAGUGACUACUGCCAGCGCUCCAAGCAGCCAAUGGCCCAGCACCAUGAAAUGACAACCUUAGCGAGGGAGUCUGCACUGCCUGAGCCUCCACACUCGAUGUCGGCGCCUCCCCCUGUGGUUUCCACAUCUUCAGCUAAGGCAGCAACCCAUCCUAGGGUCUCCUCAGCUGCACACAAGCCUAAGAUCACAAUGCGCAAUGCCAAGCUUCGGCUGGAGUGGUGUAAAGCUCGCCGCCAUUGGACUCUGGAGCUCUACAAGUACAUGUAG